AUGCAGUCUCGAGCUGCAUUCCUGGCUGCGCUGCUUGCAACUACUACAGCUGGAUCAGACCUGGAGUCACUCUUUAUGGUACCCCUGCAGAAGCAGUAUGUUCCCAUACGACGUGACGGCAACGUCGUGUCCUACAAGACAGCAUACUCUGGUCAGAUCUACGUCGGUUUUCGAGAGACGCAGAACUUCUCGGUUGUCUUUGACACAGGCUCUGGGCACUUCUUCCUCCCAUCGGUGGAUUGCAGCUCUGAGUCCUGCCGCUCACAUCGGAAGUACGACGUCAAGCGGUCCUCGACUGCCAAGUUCGUCGACCACGACGGUGCCCCAGCGGAGCGCAGCGACGAUGAGGUGGCCAUUAGCUUCGGCACCGGAAGCAUCCGGGGGAACUUCGUCGAGGAACUGGUUUGCUUCUCAGAGCCCAAAGGCACCGAGGCAAUGCCGGACAAUGGCUGUGCUCGGAUCAACCUAGUUACGGCCACGCAGAUGACCGAUGAGCCGUUCUCAAGUUUCAGCUUCGAUGGUGUAGUGGGGCUCGGGCUUGGAGCGUUGGCUGUGGAGCCGAACUUCAGCAUCUUUCAACAGCUGACGAAGAUCACCCACUCCAGCUUCAUGCCACAGUUUGCCUAUUUCCUGUCUGAGCACGAUGACCUCCCAAGUGAGAUCAGCUUCGGUGGUCACAACCCGAAGAGGAUGCAGUCAGCGCUUCGGUGGGUGCCCGUCUUCAAGCCGGAGCUCGGCUUUUGGCAAGUCCGCAUUCUUCGGGCCAGCGUUGAUGGCAAGGAGCUCGAUUUCUGCCGCGACGGCGACUGCGUGGCCAUCGCCGACACGGGCACUUCCCUACUAGGAGCUCCCCGCCAGUUCACUCAGCAGCUGCACCGCCUGCUAGCACGACGCGUCCCGCAGACGCCCGAACAGUCGGACGAUUUGGACUGUCGCGACUUCCCGGGGCCCGACAUCCUGUUUGAACUGGAGGGCGGCGUGGAAGUCAGGCUCGGAGGCAGGGAGUACUCUCGCCCGGCGCCCAUGAAGGUGCCCAAUGCGAAGGCCGAGCUCCAGAUUGUCUGCAGAGCCUCGCUUCUGCCGGUGGAUCCGACACCUUCCCUGGGAGCUAAGGCGUUCAUUCUGGGCGAGCCGAUGUUGCGGAAGUACUACACAGUUUACGACUGGGAGCGCACAAGUGUUGGAUUUGCUCUCGCGCGACAUGGCGAAGAUGAAUCCCGGGAAGUGGUGCAUUUGUGA